AUGUCUUGUUUCAAUUGCUGCGGGAAAAAGCCGAACAGUAGCUCCUCGUCGCUGCCUAUCAAACGUAAAAAUGUCUGGGUCUGGAAGGUGGCAACUUGUGAUGCUGUCUUUGGAUUCCAAAAAGAUCUGUCUUGCAUGACUAGCAAAAGGAGUCCAGUUUGUGCUACACGGGGAGGGCAUUUCUCAUGCGGAACAAGCAUCAGGAAGCCUGAAAAUCUGGGAUGCUAGGGCGUGCAGUACAGGCGUCAUUGGUCAUGCAAAAUAUGUAUGACAAACCCGGCAACAUUCCAGACCCAGAUACUUUUGCAUUUGAUACCGCCGUCGGCCGAGAAAAAUGACUCCCGUACGACGAGAACGGGCGGCAGCGCGGGAGGGGACUCUUACGACACUUCGAAAGACCAAACCGCGCAGGAUGCGCUGGACGUGCGGAUUCAAAUUAUUGACACGGAUGGGGGGCUCCAGGGGGUAAAACGGGACAAACUGUUUCCUGGAAAUGCUGUUGACAAUUGUUUUCUCUCGAGUGCUCCUGUGUUGAUGGCAUCAUAUGCAUAUGAUUUGUGAUGAGUGAAAAAUCGAAGAAAUUGUAUUACUGCUGUUUGUUGAACUAAUUCAAGUUCAAAUCUGAAGCGUAACGUACUUCCGAAAUUAUAGAAAUGAAAAUUCCUCCAGGCCAAUGACCCCUAUAAUCGCCGCACCACGACAGACGACUUUACCGCUAGUGACCACGACCUGACCGUCAGCCGGAUUCCCAGUUUCGUGUCUGCGGUGGAGCAUAUUUCUCAACAGACUGGAUUGCCGCCGAUAUCAUGAGGAAAAAUGCCCCCUCCCCAUAUCGAAACGAAGUUUCUGAUGCUGGAUUUCCAUACACAAAUCAGAUUUGUCUUGCAGUAGAGGAAUGCAGGCAUAUGCCAAGCCUCAGCCGAGAGGUUUUGACGUAGGCGCCUAGCAUGACAAACGUGCAUGCUCUGAGCCAAACAGCAUCACAAACCGCCUGAAAAAUGCGGAACGCUUUCUGUACUUGCCUUCUUGCAAGACAGACAGGAUUUGAGGUCACAAAUGCGCAUCACAAAUUUUCAGACGGAUACGGUUUCGAUAUGGGGAGGGGGGAUUUUUCCUUUUGAUAACCGACUCGUGAUCAUCCUACAACUAGAACUAGCGCAGGAGCACGAGUAGAUCAUCCGCAUCUCCAGCCACCACCACCAGCAGGACACCUACGGCAAGAAACAACUACGUCCACUUUUUUCUACCAGCCGACGCGGUCUCACUUCAGUUCAGCCUCCGGCGCCUCCUCGUCGCACGGCGGGGAGCAGCAUCGCGGCACGCGGCCCGGAGGAACGCAACUUGAGGUGGACCAGCAAAGCCAGCAGGAGACCUUCUACACUGCAGCAGGGGCGGGAGCUGCAUCCUCUACCGCCGGAACCACGCAAAGAACAGCAAAUUACUAUCAAGGCGCCACGAGUUCUAGUUCUGCUUCUUUCAGAGACGGCGGGACGAAUAAAGGUAGUGCGGCUGCUGGUACAACUAGUACUAUCAACAACGCCACGGCCGAGAACCGGUCGAACCGAAGCUACAGUAUCAGCCUCGCGAGCAGCGCCAGCGGUUUUCCGGGGGAGAAGAAGGCGCCUGCGCCGGGAGCAGCCAGUAUUGGUGCUGGGGGAUCAACUACACCAGGACGAGGAGGAGCCCAGGAAUUUGUACUUCUAGACCCCCAGCUGCAUACUAAUUCGAUCGCGGGCACAACGAAUAAGUCUUCGCCCAGCAACAGCCCCAGCAGUCUGUAUUACAGUUACCGCGAUAAGGAACUGCAGGAGGAGAUCGAACACCAGCAGAAUCUUCUACACAACCCGCCCCGGCGGCGCUCCCUCUCCGUGAAGCUCCGAGAGGGUUUGGGGCUGGUCACGAAGUCGGUCAGCACCACGGCCACGCUCCAAUCGGUCAUCUCGUCCGGGGAAGAAGAGGACUUCGGUUUUGGUGAGGUGAAGAAGAAACGACGAAAGUUCGCGUUCGCCCGGUGGUUCCGGAAGAAACGGAUCAGCAAGGAGGACAAGGCGAAAAAUUUCCGAUUUUGGCAGGAAAUGCAGGAGAAGCGGCUGAAGCAGGGGAAUCCGAACGUGGUGUUGGAUUACCGAUGGCUCAAACCACUGCUGGACGUGUUAAACGCCGACGCGGGCGACGCGAGUGUGGAUUUGCAGUUGAAUAAGUCCUUCGCCAGUGGGUGUUACCCCCUGUUUCUGUUCGCCGGCGCGUGCCCAUCGGGAAUCACCAAGUCGAUGCAAGCGAUACUGUUCGUGUACAAGUUUCCAACCGCCUCCUCGAGCGGGAGCGGAACCACCAGGCGGCACAGCCUGACCAAGGGCAGGGGCUUGAUGGGAAACAAAGGCGGAAAGGAAGUCGCCGCUGGAAUACCUGGCGGUAGGUGUGAUUCGUUCGUCGUAUUUAUUACUUGAUCACGACCACGACGUAGUUGCUACGUCAAUUUUCUAUGCAUGGUAUUGAUAGAUCUUCUUGUUGUAUUUCUUUCUCAUGCUGGUAAGAAAAGAUAAGAAAUCGGUGAAGAACUUCAUUAAAGAACUUCACAACUACUCGUAUCACUAUCAGGUGGCACUAUCGAGUUUUGGUGGGUGAAGCCCGCGGACAAAACGAAUAGCACCCUGGAUUUGAACCUUUGCCAGCUCCAUACCAGUGGGAAACACAAGAACAGCUGCGGGUCGCAAACGAAGUCCGGGUACGAGCAGAUCGCGAACUACUUCAAAACUAACGCGACGUACGGGGAUUUUCAGUUCGGCAUCGAAAUCGUCGAGCGCGACGACGGGUCCCGAGUGCCCAAAGCGUAUUUGGACCGGGUGGCAAACAUCGAAACGGGAGGGGACAGAGACAGUGUUAUGGUCGCCGGUGCUGGAUCAACAUUGGUAGGCACGCCAGCAGGAGGUGCAGCUGGGGGUGGUCCCCUGGCUGGUGCAGCUGCAACCACGCCGGGAGCGGCGAGUUCGGUGGCGGCGAGUAGCACUUUCGUGGAACAAACAGGCCGUGGUAUCCUGAGUAAAAACGUACCCACACCAGAGUCAAGAUGGGGAAUCGGCUAGACAAAUCCACAAGUUUUGGCUGUUUUGCAUGACAAAUUUGGAUUCGUAGUGUAGUGCUGUUUGAGCUAGCUCAGCAGCAUCACAGAUCUAGCAUACCAUGCUGAUUGGAGCAUGACAAUUUGCAAAACACGACUAGAAAAUGCUUCUCAUGGAGCUCCGCAUGAGAAACAUUUUCAGCAUGCGGAUUUGCAUUAGAGUGAGGUAACAAACUAAAUCUGGAACUUCGCGGUUGAGUUCUCAUCCGGCCGGCGGCCGGAUAAGAACUCAACCACACCACCGGCGGAAUCCGGCCGGCCGACCCGGUUCUCUUCCCCCGUCCUCAACCGGUCGACCCACUCUUCUCCCCUGUCCGCCCCCGGGCCGAGUUGUUUCACUAGGGAAAAAGCCCCAGCUUUGUGAUGCAAAGGUAGGCGGCAGCAGGCAAAGGCAGCGGAAAACGCCAAAACCCCAAAAGCAGCCGCGUGCGCUUUCUAUUCUUUAUCUGCGCGGCUAUUUCCGCACGUGUUCUUACCAUUUCACGCGGUUUGUGCUUUCUAUUUUUCCUGCUUUGUCCUUCUGAGUUUGUACCUCCAGAAGCUCUAUUCCAUGCAAACGGAGCGACUGCGCUUUGCUUCCGCGCUACUACUACUAAGUAAUAGAAGACACCACUUUGCUGCUACUGCGUUUUUUCUGGCUCUCGCAGCUUCGGGGCGCAGUGACAGCCCCCAUUUUUAUCGACCACACCACGGCGCUGGCACUCGCGCGCCCUAGGCUAUUGGCGUAGGCCGCCCGCUUCUGUCUCUGUCCAAAUGCGGGGCCCCAUAGGAACAAGCAUGGGGAGACAGACGGCACCGGCAGCACGCUGCUGCCGUCGGGGGUGGUCGAGUAGACCCCUGGCAGCAAGCGGGCAACCGCUGGAAGCGGGGAAACGCGGAAAGGGGGGAACCAUGCCUCCGCUUUCAGCGGUGUUCCGCUCGGGCUCCCCACUUUCAUUGGUUGCCCGCUCGCUGCCAGCGGUUGCCCGCCUUCAGCGGCCGCCCGCUUUCAGUGAUUGCCUUCUGCCAGCGGUGGCUUGCCUUCUUUCAGCGGCUGAGCGUUUUCAGCCGCUGCCCGCUGCCACCGGUUGCCGCCUUUCAGUGGUUCUCCGCUUCCAGCGGUUCCUCCGCUUUAAGCGGCUUCCGGCUCGCUGCCAGCGGUUUAUCGGUGGAACCACCUGAGACUCGACCACCCCGGAUGGAAGUAGAGGGCACACACCUAGAAGCGCAAAAAAAAAAGAAAGCGCAAACUGCAUGAAAUAGCGGCACAGAUCAAGGCUAAUCAAUGAAAGCGCAAGUGCCUGCUUUACGGGUUUCGGCACUUUCCGCUGUCCUUGCAUGACAAGGGUGGGACUUUUUGCAUAGUGAAGCAACACGGCUCGGGGAUGGGUGAGGGAGAAGAGUGGGUGGACCAAUGGAGGAGGGAGGAAGAGGAUCGAUCCGGCAGGCCGGCCGGCCGGAUACCGGUCCGCCGGCGAUGAGGUUGAGUUCUCAUCCGGCCACCGGCCGGAUGAGAACUCAACCGCGAAGUUCCAGAUUUAGUUUGUUACCCCGCUCUUACAACUCUGGUGUAUGUUGGCAAAGUUGGUAGGAAAUGAGGUUGAUACUGUUGGCAAAAAAUGUUGGUGGUUGGCAAAAAAGUUGGUUGGUGGCGAAAAGUUGGUUGUUUGCGAGUAUAGUAUGGAGCGGCCGGGAGAUGAUGGUGAUGGCACUUCGGUGUCCGCCUGACCUACCCCCCCUGCGUGUCAAGCCAUCUGCGGCCUGGGGCAGAGGGGGGGGCAAAGUGUGCUGCAAUUCCUUUUAGCAUUACAACUCUGGUGUGGGUACGUUUUUACUCAGGAUACGUGGCGGUGGCGGUACCACAACGACCUCCAUGCUGCGAAGCGUUUCGCCGUCGCAGAACAGAACCGGGAUGCUCGCGGCGCGCGGUUACAUCUCGCUCAUCUGGCAAGAGAGUAUAGAUACCUAGCACGUUUUUUAUCAUGCCGGAAUUAUUGUAGCUUAUGCUUAUGGUUAUGCUCACAUUUGCUUUUGCAUACUACACCCCUUAGAACAAAUCGAAUCAAUCAUGCUCGAUCUCCGAUGUCUAGCAAAAUUUAUUUCAGAUUGGGCCGCCUUUAUGGGUCGGUUCAUAGAAGGGCGGUUGGUCUACCGGCUGCCCGAAUACGAAGAGGGUCCCAACCUGCGGUCCCGCGAGUACCACAUCCGAGGCAGCGAGCCGAUCCGCGUGCUAUGCUGAGCAAAAGUAUACUUACUUUUAUACGGCACUCCUGCAACACCGCAAUCUACGAGCCUCCUUUUCAACCGUAGCUUUUGUUUCCAGCAAUACAACAAACUUCAUGCUCUAGUACUUCGUGCGGUACGAUUUGUAAACAUUAUGCGGUGUACUACACUACUGGAGCUAAGUGCGGUAGAAGUUGUAUUUUUGCGAUGCAUACGUUCGAGGGGACUACGAGUCCGUGCCGUUCGAAAACGUUUUUACGGAUGGGAUGGAGAAAAUUAAGAUCAUGUGCGAGGGUGUGAACUGGAAAACCGCACCGCUGGACGAGAACAAUCUGUCUGCCGUCGCGGGGAAGAAGCUGCGCAGGACAGUGUGAGAACGAAGCACAGUUGCUGCUGUACUACACGAGGACAGUGUGGUCGCGGACGUCGGCGCUGGUUCUACUACAUAAGAAAAAUGUACUACGCGAAGAUGAUGCGUUGUGCCGGAAAACUUUCAGCUGAAUGUCAAGUUCUGCUUCGUAGAGAAAAUGAAUCCUCACUUUUAGUAUAAUCCAUUGAAAUACUCGAGCCUAUUCGAACAAAUUUAUGAUGAUGAUGCAAAAAUAAACGUAAGCCUGUUCUCUGCAUCACCUGCAGUGUACGUAGUUGGUUGACGUAACAAGCCCUCUCUGUACAUGUGUAUACGAAGUCAUUUUCCACUUUCAAACCUUUUCUUUUGCAGCGCGCAAUGGGGAGGCGGCGCUUUGAUAAAACCCCCCUUGAAAGGAAAAUCCUGUGCAUUUUUCCACGGGCUUAGAUAAACGUUGACGUGCACCUUUUGCUCCUAUAACCAGGUCUUUUGCCAUAUCAUUGUCGCACCUGCAUGACACGGGCUCAACUCUUUUCAUAACGCACCAUCGAAACAAAUCUGGAACACAAACUUCGCAGAAUUUCAACUCACGCAGAAUUAUCCCAUGAAAGUUGAUGCAGCCCUUCCUGGCCGCGUCUCGAAGAUUUCAGAAAAAAC